GAUAUCCACCUUCUUUCCUCCCCGCUCAAUAACAAAGAGAAAGUCCUUCAUCAUGUUCCCUUCCCAAGAGUCCCUCAAGAAGAACUUCAUUGUUCCCUCCCCCUCCGCUGAUGCCGCUGCUCCCUCCGGUGUCGGUCUCUACGCCCGUUUCGCCCUUGCCGGUGCUGUCUGCUGUGGUGUCACUCACGGUGCCAUGACCCCCGUUGAUGUCGUCAAGACCAGAAUCCAGUUGGAGCCCGAGGUUUACAACAAGGGUAUGAUCGCUGGUUUCCGUCAGGUUGUCCAGACCCAGGGUGCUGGUGCCUUGUUGACCGGUUUCGGUCCCACUGCUGCUGGUUACUUCUUGCAGGGUGCCUUCAAGUUCGGAGGUUACGAAUUCUGGAAGAAGAAGGCCAUCGACUACAUUGGUGUCGAGAAGGCUUCCGAGAACCGUACCGCCAUCUACCUCGGUGCCUCUGCUAUUGCUGAGUUCUUCGCUGACGUUGCCCUUUGCCCUCUUGAGGCCACCCGUAUCCGUCUCGUCUCCCAGCCCACCUUCGCCAACGGUCUCCUCGGUGGUUUCUCUAGAAUCUUGAAGGAAGAGGGUGUCGUCAAGGGUUUCUACUCUGGCUUCGGUCCCAUCUUGUUCAAGCAGGUUCCCUACACCAUGGCCAAGUUCGUCGUCUUCGAACUUGCUGCUGAGAAGAUCUACAGCACCCUCCCUACCCCCAAGGAUCAGCUCCCUCCUUCCACCAUCACCAGCGUUAACUUGGGUGCCGGUAUCAUUGCCGGUACUGCCGCUGCCAUCAUCUCCCAGCCCGCCGAUACCUUGUUGUCCAAGAUCAACAAGCAGAAGGGUGCUGAGGGUCAGUCCGUCUCCUCCCGUCUCGUCCAGAUGGCCGGUCAGCUCGGUGUCAAGGGUCUCUUCUUGGGUCUCGGUCCCCGUAUUGUCAUGGUUGCCACCCUCACCGCCGGUCAGUUCGCCAUCUACGGUGACAUCAAGCGUGUCUUGGGUGCCACCGGUGGUGUUGAAAUCGCCAAAUAAGUUGUCUUUUUUUCUUCUAGAUCUCAUCCCUCUUAUCUCGCAAAGCAUUACCUCCUUUUACCUUUAUGAAAUUUUGCAUAGCCAAAAUUGUUACAAAAAUACAAGUCCUAGUGACAUCUUGAAAUAUAUUCUUUCUAUAUUUUUUUUAUAUACAAAAAAA